AUAAGGGUCACAUAGGGACAGAGGGAGUAUGAACUUAAAAGAGGGGCGGCUGACUCCUGAGGAGUAAUUGUUGUUUUCGGGUUGGGUUUUUGCUGACUCUAAUCUUUGAAAUCAAUCAAGAUGGAUACUCAACCGGAACCCGUCAACUACAUCUGCGGAGAUUGUGGGCAGGAGAAUACGCUCAAGCCUGGCGAUGUUAUUCAGUGCCGCGAGUGUGGCUACCGUAUUUUAUACAAAAAACGUACUCGCAGAAUUGUUCAAUAUGAAGCCCGCUGAAGAUUAGGUAGGGGAGUGUCAUUGAGAAGAUGAGAAGGGUGCUACAUAUGAAGGGGAUUGAAAAAUUCUAAUGUCAUGUCUUCUAUUACCUCAAGACAAUAUAUUAUGUAUUGUUUACUUAGCAUUAUGUGGAUGUUCAGUGUUCACUUGAUUGAUAUGACAAAUGUUUGCUCUGUUAAUUGUCUUCAUUGAUACUUUGAAGUCGUGUUUGCCUUGGAAGCAGUAAUUUCAUGGGUUUUACAAGAUUA